CGGCAGCGGAACGCGCUGGCGGGCGCGGGUUGCGGAGGGCCGGUUUGGGGCGCGCACCGCGCGGCGCGGCGGCGGCAUGAGGGAGCUGCCGCCGGGCCCGGCGAUGGAGAGCGACAUCUUGGACGCGCUGGAGGCCCUGGGGUACUCAGGUGCCCUGUUGGAGGAGGAAGCACUGAACAAAGCAGCAGAAAAUGGAUUAUCUUCACCAGAAUUUUUUGAGCUUUGUGUUUGGUUAGGUUCCCAAAUAAAAUCACUUUGCAAUAUGGAAGAAAGCAUCACUUCAGGAGAUGGUAUGAAAGAUAUAGAGAGCUUCCAGCUUGAGAUGAGUGGCUUUCUGAGAGAAAUGGCUUGUCCAUAUUCAUCACUUAUAUCUGGAGACAUCAAGGACAGAUUAAGAGGGAAAGAAGAUUGUCUUAAACUCCUGUUAUUUCUAAGUACAGAACUUCAGGCGUUAAAGAUACUGCACAGCAAGAAAAUCAAAGGCUCUCAUUUGGAAAAGCACAGUGAAAUUAUUCAGGAAGUGCAAGCUAUUUGCGAUGCACUGGGUCUGCCAAACUCCUCAUCUUCUGGUAUUCCUCCCUUGUUAACCAAUGUGGAACAAAAGAUAAAGGACAUUCUCGCAAAAGUUCAAAACAAACAUGUGGGGAAAUCACUGCUAACAAAACCUCUGAAUUCUGACCAAGUGAAAAGAUUGGAAAAAAUCAAUGAUGCUCUUCGGAGUGAGUACGAAUGUCGACGACGCAUGUUAAUGAAGAGGCUCGAUGUGACUGUACAAUCUUUUGGCUGGUCUGAUAGAGCAAAGGUAAAAACAGAUGAAAUAGCACGUAUCUAUCAGCCCAAGCGCUAUGCAUUAUCUCCAAAGUCAACUAUUACAUUAGCUCACCUGCUUGCUGCUCGAGAAGAUUUAUCCAAGAUCAUAAGAACAAGUAGUGGUUCAACACGGGAAAAUACCAUCUGUGCUAUCAACAAGGUUCUGAUGGGGAGAGUACCGGAUCGUGGAGGCAGACCAACAGAGAUUGAACCACCUCCUCCUGAAAUGCCUCCGUGGCAAAAAAGACAAGAAGGUGGUGGAAGAGGUGGCUGGGGAGGUGGUGGUGGUGGUGGUGGUGGAAGGGGCAACUGGGGGGGUGGAGGGGGUAGAGGAGGUGGAGGUGGAGGUUUCAGAGGUGGUGGGAGAGGUGGAGGUGGCUUCCAGGGUGGAGGUGGCUUCCAGGGUGGAGGUGGCUUCCAGGGUGGAGGUGGCUUCCAAGGUGGCAGGGGAGGUUAUGGUGGCAGGGGAGGCUAUAAUGACCCAUAUGGUGGAAGAGGAGGAUACCGAAGAUAUUAAAGUACUGUAAAUCUUAACAGAAUAACUGGCAAAAUAUAGUGGUGGUGUUUACUGGUAUUAGACAUUAGGUAUGUUGACUUGGGCUUAGGUUAGAAUAUGAAUCAUUGCAUUAGACCAACUGAUAUUCUCAUUGAGUCCUUUUAGUUAACAGAGCUUUUAUACUAAAAUGAGAUCACUAAAGUCCUUGUUUUUCGUAUUGCUUAUAUGGUGUUUUUUAUGUCAUUUUAUUUAAAAUAAGCCUCAGAAAACUGAAUAAAACCCUUUCUAAACAAACAAAAAUAUACUAAUGUUCAGACUUCUCUAGUUAUUGCAUGUUGCAUAUCUACUCCCCUGCUCCAAAAUACUGUGUAAAAAAAAACCAACAAAAUAGGCCUAAGAACCAGAUGAAACCACUUUUUAAAGACUAGAAUGCUUUCAGGCUUUUUCUCUUCAUCUAGUUUUCAUGUGGGACAUGCAAGUGAAUUUUAAUUUCAAAUGUUGAAAUCCUUAAGGCUUUGGUCAAAAUUAUUCAGUUAGAUUGGAUUAUUCUUCCAGAACUUCACAUUAAAUUAACAUUCUGAAUUAAUACUCUUAGAGAAACUAAUAAAAUCAGAUUGUUUUUUAUGAUCAUAAUGUAUUAGAGACUAUUUGAAGGUCUGAACAUGUACUGUAAACUCAGAAUCGUGGUGAGUUUUGAUAAAGUCGUAUUUUCAUUUUACCUUUUUUCCAUUUUAUUGGCAUUUCAUGAAAGUAUUUUAAGACCAGAUUGGGCAGAAAACCUGCAGCCAUCAUGUGUGGUAAGAAUUCAUGUAUAUAUCCUUCUGAAUCAGCCUUGAGACAUAAAGUUUGAAUAAGCUGAGCUUCUUAAGAAAAAACAUACCAUUUCUUCUUCUCCCAUCUUUUUUUUUUCCUCCCCUGUCUUCUCUAUGUUUGGGAGUCACGAACUGCCCAGUUAAUAAGACAUCUCAUACAGCAGUCGGCCUUCCUCAGUGAUUUCUCUCUCUCACUCUGCCAACCUGAAAGAAUCUCUGUCUUGAUACGGUAUGGGUGCCUUCUCCCUCAUUCAGUGUUACUCUAGAAGGAGUUAGCUGUCACACAAUUAUGGCUGUAAAUAUAUGUAGACAGAAAUUUAGAGCUGUCACUGAAGACAGUUUCUGCUGUCCAGUGACUUUUAGAUCUCCUCCCCUGCUGUGAGGCCUCUCCUGACAACAGAGGUGGAACAGGGGAAUGACGCCUGAGUAUGUACUCAUGACAACAUUUUAGGGUCAGUUUACUACAGAGAGAUUCAAAAAGGCAUCUGAUAAGCCUGGGAAUAUCUGUUGAUUAAAUAACGUGGCAGCCUUGAAGCACUUGUAGCUAUAGGCUUAACUGCAGGUUGAACUUUAGGAUUUGAUUUUGGGUUUAUGUUCCACAGUUACAAGUUCUUUCUGCACAAAUUUCCUAUUGGAGUCCAUUGGUAUGCUUUAAAGAUUUUUUUUUUUACCUUCAUAAACACAUGCAUCAUGUCCUGUUUCAUUGCCGGCUUUAUGCAUGAAUGUAAAGCUCUGUUCAAAAUCAAAUUAUUAUCUCUUUCAAAAGCCUGUGUAGUUUUUAUUAACUAGCCAUCACCAACUUUUUAAUUUGAAAUUUUAAUUCAGAUAACCUUCAAAGUUUUUUGCCUGUUAUGUCCUCUCUGAUCAUAGUUUGCCUGAGAAUGCUGCUUCUAAUGUGACAGAUAUGACCUUACCCAGGCUUUAGGGUUACAGCAGGUGCCUGACAAAAAGAGGCAGGAGUUUUCCUGGCUUGAACAUGUUAGCUUGGAUGUGAACUUUUGCAAUAAUGGCUGAAUGUCACCCAACUGCUAGCAAUAUAGUUCCUUUGCUGGUUUUUUUUCUAUGCUCCUUUGUGGCCUAAAGCCCUUGGCAGCCUCUGCAGUUUUUAUGGGGAGACCCUCAUGGGUCACAUGGGAGCAUAGUACUGGGUUCCCUUGAUUUGAGCAUGGUUUUUGCUUAAUACUCUGGAAUAGCUCAGAAACUGAUGACAUACCAAGUGAGACUGCUGGCCUUGAAGUAUUGGUCAGCAAAAGAAUGGAGAGUAGUUUUUAACAACCAAAGCCUUAAGAGAAAAUUCUGUUUGCUUAUCCCAAUGUUACUUUUUGUUACAAGUAAUCAACAGUCAAGCAUGUUGCUUCACCAGGGAAAAACACAAGGAAAAUCAAACUACUUAUCUAUGCUUAAAGAUUUCGUUAGUCUUAGGACGCAAAGUUGCACCAGUUUAGUUGAAUUGUUGUAAAUGUCGAUGUGCAUGUGCGUUGGUAUUUUUACACUCAUCAGUUCAUCUUGUUUGUAGUAGGCAGGACAGUUCUGAACGAAGUAAAUCAUGGAGUGAACCAGGUCCAUACGCAUUUGAAUUCUAACAGUUAAAUUAUUUCAAUAUCAUAUUUCAAUUAUAUGUGUGUAGACCAUGUAAAAGAUGGAAAUUUAAAUCGGAUUAAGAUUUUUUUUCUUCAAAAAGAAAAUUUCAGUUUUUCUUAAAUAAUUUUAAAAUUUGAAAUCAAGAGUUGAAAACUAAAGUAAGCACCACCACAUUUCAUAGAGGUAUCCUUUGCUGUCCUCUUUUGUCAGAAUGUAUGCUUUUAGUUUAUCAAAUGAUGCAAUAACACCAUGAGAAUAAUUGAUUUCAACCUCAAGUUUUGUUUGUCUUGGAAAAAAGUAUUUUCAAAAAUUCCGUUGUGAGUAAAGAUUUUCAUAUAUAUGUUUGUGAGUAUUUUUGUGUUAGUCACACUUAGUGAAUACCUAGAUGAACAUUGUCUUGUUCAAGACCUGAAAAAUAGGUUGGGGAUUUUUUUCAGGAAUUGAGAGAAACACUUUUGUUAACAGCUGUAAACACUGAGGAAUAAAGCACUGUAUUUGAAGUUAGUUGCA